AUGGUACAAAAACAACCAAAGAAAGAAACUGCAACAAACACACCGUACUUUUACCCAAACUUCUCCCGCUAUAAUUAUCCAAAAUUUGGCACAGACGACGAAACUUAUGCAGAACCAGUAUUCAAGUUCCCUUCGUGGGAUGACGGACUCUCUAGUUACACAAAGCGUUCAUACUCACGAAAGAACUCGCAACGUUACGAGGAGUUCGACAUUCAGUUAGACGAAGAAGAGUCAACGCUCGAUGAUAAAGAGGGCUACGGACUUUCUUAUGAUAGCAAUGAUGAAGAGGAAGAAGAAAAGGAAGACGGACUUACGAAAUGCGACGAACUACACGAUGACAUUAAUUCAGCCAAAUACGACGCUCAAGCAGAUUACGAUCGCUUCAAAUCCCACUUUUCGUCCUUGUCAGAUGAGCUUCGCGCACUACAACAGGAAAUAGAAGAAACCGAACGUCGAUAUCUAUCCCGCAAAUGGGGUGCGGACGACGAAUCCGAAGCGGGCUCUUUCUCCGAGUCAUCUGUUCUGAUAUCGGGCUUUGGAGUCGGUCCGAGCCCAAAGCGUUCGUUGACAUCUUCUCCAACACCGCCACCAACUUCCGAAGUGUCUAUUGGUGGAUUUGGAUCGAGUUCUCGCAGGAUACUCUUGUCUUCUCCAUCAGCAAUGCAAGCUGCAACUAGCCCAUAUCGUAAACGGUCUGCAUCGAUUAAAUCUGGUUACGAAGAGGAAGAGGACGAUGAUUGUCUAAGUGGCCCGGGUAGUCCUAAUGGACGUCGUUGUAUGGGAUUGGACGAGGGAUGGACACAAGAAAGAGUACAUCAGAACGAAUGGAUACGGUGUUGA